AUGCUCGACUAUAUGAUCCUGGACGAGCGUGUGGAGACAGAACCUCCUUUCUGGGUGGCAACCCUAGAUCACCCUGCGACCGCUUCACACCGGGUCAUGCAGCGCCUCAGCGUUGGUUCAGCUGGUGUAAACAUGAUUGGCAUGCAUUACGCUGGGCCACAUACUGGACAUCAACCACCCUCAGAGGUCGAGUCUGAGAUGAACCUGUCUACUGUGCACACCGAUCUUGUGUGGGUAAAAUCCGAGACAACUAUAACACCCGAGAUUAGAAGGCCUACCCUUAUCUCAACAUGUUGUCUUGAUAACUUGGCGAAGGGCACACAGUUCUCCCUUGCACCUGCGCUUGCAGGGACUACAGCAAAUUUCUUCAUUGAUGUGUACGGAACGGUCUUGCUCGGUCGAGGCAUCGGAUACUCUUCUAAUAUCACCCAUAUUAUCCGAGAGCAAAAUAUCUAUAAUAUGAUCUAUGUUGUGCAUGAUGGGAUCCUCGGCUUAAAUGUCUUUAUUGCGGAUGCACUUCUGGUUUGGCGGUACUACGUCUUCUGGAAUGGGACGUUAUUGGCAAUCCUAGUUCCCAUCAUCCUGCUGGUCAUAGAGAUAGUCAUCGUUUUCCAGGCUCUCAAGUACCUAAUUCAGCGGGAUACCCCUGUGUCAGAUCCCGUGCCUGUAGAAUGGUACAAAGUCUCCUCCACACUCUCAGUCUUGAAUAAGGCAUAUUACUUGUCGACAUUCGCCAUAAACAUAAUCCUAAGUAUUGCUAUAUCAUGGACAAUAUGGCGUAUGUCACGCCCAAUUCAAGAAGGACGCUCUACCCCACUACCCAAGUAUUCUCGCAUAGCGCAUAUUAUUCUGGAAUCUGGAAUAAUAUAUUCCAUGAUCAUACUCCUUGCCAUGGUACCGGCCGGCGGAAUCCUACAAUCUCUUUCCAGUGCGGCUCUCCUUAUAAGUAUUGGUCUGGUUCCAACUACCGUAGUCAUCCUGCUGACACUCGGGAAAACCGUGGAAAACCUGUCACCCAGGCACACGGGCAUGAUGACUGUGUCUGCUAUGCGCUUCGGUUCAGGACCUAGCGCCGAAACGAGUACGCAGCAGAGCGGUACUAUUGAAGCAAUCAACGUCGUACUGGACAACUCGACUCUAGAUGAAGACAUUGAUGAUAGAGCAGGAAUAAUGUGUACCAAAGAGAAAGAAACGGACUCGAGUGGUGCAGUAGUUGAAGAAGGUUAG